CAAGACGGAAUUCCCCGAGGAAAUGUUCUCACCGGAGAGUAUCGCCGCUUCAAUGGAAAAAUCGUCAUCGAGACAGCAAACAGCAGUUGGAUUGUUCCGCACCCCAAACAUGCGCAUAAAAACACUGAAUAUAAUGUUCAAUUGGUUUGUGAAUAGUUUGGUGUACUACGGUCUGGGUCUAAGCACCUCUAAUCUUGGCGUGGACGACUAUCUCGCCUCGGCUCUCUCAGCGCUGAUCGAGUUCCCCAGCUACAUCUAUUGCGUCUUCGCUCUGCAGUACUUCGGGCGGCGGGUCAACCUGAGCGGUACCAUGGUGAUCGGCGGUAUUGCGUGCAUUACCACUGCAUUUCUGGAGAUGGGGGUUGCGCGGACGGUUAUCGCUAUGAUUGGAAAGUUCUGCAUAGCCGGUUCGUUCGCUAUCAUCUAUGUGGUGUCGGGAGAAAUCUACCCAACUCCCGUCAGGAGUGCAGGGAUGGGCCUGUCUUCCGUGACGGCCCGUGUGGCCGGCAUCCUCUCCCCGUUCAUGCUGGACCUGGAGGACCUGUGGGCGCCGCUGCCGUUCGUGCUGUUCGGGAGUCUGUCGAUCGCUGCCGGCCUACUCGCCUUGCUGCUGCCGGAGACGAACAACAAGAAGUUGCCGGAGACGCUGGAAGAAGGAGAGGCCUUUGGAAAACCGAAGUGUCUAGGAGGUAGCGGCCGGGAUGCGGAAGAGGGUGAUGAUGUUGCUAUGGUGACUAUUAAUGUGACUCACUUAGAUACCAAGCAAGGGAUCGAAAAUAUUGCCUUUGAAGAGAAGGGAACCCAGACAGACAAGACGAUUAAAAGUAUGUAGGCAAACGUCGAGACAUUACUGGCUUUGUCAGUGACAUGGGCUUCGUGGACAAACGAAGAGGGC